CUGGCACGCCGUGCGCGCAGCCUCCGGAAGGAGCCCACAGCGCCGCUACACGAGGUUCUGGGAGUGAGAGGCGCCGGGUCUGAAUUGCCGGAGCGGUGGUCGGCGCGAUGCCCAAGGCCAAGGGGAAGACCCGGAGGCAGAAGUUCGGUUACAGUGUUAACCGGAAGCGUCUGAACCGGAAUGCUCGGCGGAAGGCAGUCCCGCGGAUCGAGUGCUCCCACAUCCGACAUGCCUGGGACCACACCAAAUCCGUGCGGCAGAACCUGGCCGAGAUGGGGCUGGCUAUGGACCCCAACAAGGCGGUGCCCCUCCGCAAGAGAAAGGUCAAGGCCAUGGAGGUGGACAUAGGCGAGAGACGUCAGGAGCUCAUACGGAAGCCCUAUGUGCUAAGCGACCUCGAGGCAGAAGCCAGCCUCCCAGAAAAGAAAGGAAACACGCUGUCUCGGGACCUCAUAGACUACGUCCGCUACAUGGUGGAGAACCACGGGGAGGACUACAAGGCUAUGGCCCGGGAUGAGAAGAAUUACUAUCAAGACACCCCGAAACAGAUUCGGAACAAGAUCAACGUCUAUAAGCGUUUUUACCCGGCGGAGUGGGAAGCCUUCGUUCAUUCUUUGCAGAAGAAUGCCAUGGAGGUUGAGUGACUGGUUUGUGCCUGCCCCAGGCUGAAGCCUCCUCCUGGACUCGAGAAGCUGGAACGGGGUCUAAGGCAAGGAGGGGUGUGGCUACAGAGGCUGG